AUGCAAGGUGCCAGAUUUCUGGAAGAGUUCAUCGGCGACUCGACGCCCGACUAUGCUAUGCUAUCUCACACAUGGGGAGAGGAGGAAGUCAUUUUUCCCGACUUGGUCGACAGUGACUUCGCGAGGGUUCGCGCAAAAGCCGGCUUCGUCAAGGUUGAGGGCGCAUGCGCCCUUGCCAGAAACCAAGAGUUCGAUAGCGCCGAACUGUCCGAGUCCAUCAACUCCUUGUACCGGUGGUACCGCGACUCGAUCGUCUGCAACGCCUAUCUCAGCGACGUCCACGCUGGUACUGAGACGCAACUCGAAAGCAGCAGGUGGUUCCAGAGGGGAUGGACGCUGCAAGAGCUCAUCGCUCCGCGAAAGGUCAACUGCUCUCCAUUCAUAUCCCGGGCCAGUCAGGUUGACGACGUGGCUAAGAAGAUGUACUGGGCUUCGAGACGGCGCACGACCCGAAGGGAGGACGAGGCUUACUGCUUGAUGGGGCUUUUCAAUAAAGCAUUCGCCCGCCUGCAGCAGGAAAUCGCCAAAGUCACGGCCGACCAAUUGAUACUGGCAUGGGUACUGUGA